CCCACGUCCAAACCCUCGUUUGUUCUUCUCCACCACCAAUCGCCACCGCCAUCAGCCGAUCGGAUCUCAAUUUCUGAAAGUAUAGCUACCUCACUUCCGUCACUCGACGUCCUAGUAAGCUCUGCUUCUUCUUCUCUCGCACUUUAAUCGUUCAAAUCACGCUUUUCCCUAUUUUUUAGUUUUUGAAAUUGAAAUCACAACCCUAGAAGCUGCUGUGUCUAUUAAAAUCUCAAAUUUUCGAUGGGUAAGAACGAAUUCCUCACGCCGAAAGCGAUCGCCAAUCGAAUCAAGGCAAAAGGGCUCCAAAAGCUCCGAUGGUAUUGCCAGAUGUGUCAAAAACAAUGCCGAGAUGAGAACGGGUUCAAGUGCCAUUGUAUGAGUGAGAGCCACCAACGCCAAAUGGAAGUAUUUGGUCAAAACCCUCAUCGAAUAGUCGAUGGUUACUCCGAAGAAUUCGAAUCCAUGUUCCUUGAGCAUAUGAAGCGUAGCCAUAGGUUUAGUCGUAUUGCAGCCACAGUAGUUUACAACGAGUACAUUGCAGAUAGGCAUCAUGUUCAUAUGAAUUCGACUCAGUGGGCUACUUUAACCGAAUUUGUCAAGCAUUUGGGGAAAACAGGAAAGUGUAAGGUCGAUGAAACACCAAAAGGGUGGUUUAUCACAUACAUAGAUAGAGAUUCAGAGUCCCUUUUCAAGGAAAAGAUGAAGAAGAAGAGGAUUAAAUCCGAUAUGGUGGAUGGCGAGAAGCAAGAAAGGGAGAUCAGGAAGCAAAUUGAGCGUGCCGAACAGUUGAUGCCAGGGGAAAAUGGGGCGGACAAGAUUUUAGAGAAUGAAGAAGCUAAGUUGUUGUUAAGAUCCGAGAGUGGCGGUGAGAAAAAGAUUAAGCUCAGUAUCGGUUCUUCAACAAAAAACUUUGCCAAAGAUAAAGGGGAAGGAAGCUCUAGAUUCGUUUUUGAUGAGGUAGACAUCCAUGAUAAGGUGGAGAAAGAGAAGAAAGGAAAAACCAGUGGAGGGUCGGCCUUGGAUGAAUUGAUAAGAGAGGAAGAGAAGGCAAAAGAGAGGAGUAACCGGAAAGAUUAUUGGUUAUGUGAUGGAAUUAUUGUGAAGGUAAUGAGCAAAGUUUUGGCUGAUAAAGGUUAUUAUAAGCAAAAGGGUGUUGUUUGUAGGGUAAUUGAUAAGUAUGUUGGUGAAAUUGAGAUGCUUGAUAGCAAGCAUAAGUUGAGGGUGGAUCAAGAAGAGCUCGAAACUGUUAUUCCCCAAAUUGGUGGACUUGUGAAGAUUGUGAAUGGUGCUUAUCGUGGAUCAAAUGCUAGAUUGUUAUCUGUUAACACCGAGAAAUUUUGUGCAAAGGUGCAGAUUGAAAAGGGUAUAUAUGAUGGUAGAGUUAUCCAGGCGAUAGAGUAUGAAGACAUAUGCAAAGUUUUUCAGUGAAAGAUGAAACAGCACUAUCUCUAGCUGGUAAGCAUAGUAAGCUCAUCUUAUGUUGUUCAAUUUGGCCUUUUGUUUUCUGUUGCAUUUCUUGUGUAAUGAUGAUUUCAGGAAUGGUUUCCAUAGAUUUGUUGCUUAUCAUCUGCUUAAUUAAUGGCAAAACCUACAGUCCCAUUUAAGUACUA